UUUCACCAUCGCUUUCCUCUCUGAUUUGACUUACUCACACUUAAGCCUUUUUAACCUCGUUGCUGGUGGGCCAAUCACACUCUAUAGUCAUGGCUCCUGCUCGUAUUCCUCCCCGCCGCGUCCUUCUAGUCAGCAACCCGCGCACGGCUUCCAACCUGCUGCUGAAGAUCCUGGCCCUGCCCGACCAGCCCAACGUCUAUGCCAACGAGAAAGGCGGCUACUACUUCUUCAACUCGUUUGUCGCGACCGCCAAUAAUAACCGAAUCUACAAGCCGUUCGAGCAAUGGACUUCGGAUGAUCGCUCCGAAGUCCAGUCCGCCCUGAAGACAUGCUUCGACCAGCUGGAGGAGAGCACCUCCCACGCCAGUCAGGAGAGCAAGGUGUUCUUUGCGAAAGAACACUCCCCCUGGUUCAUUGACCCGAUAGCGCUGCAGAAGAUCUUGCGCCUGAACGAUAACACUGCGAGCGAGGAUGGCGACGCAGCAGGUGCCGACUCGCCGUUCCGCCAACAAGUUCCAAGCACCUAUACUUCUUCGCCGACCUUCUCGCCCAGUAACUAUACGAUCUUGCCGGACGAGUACCUACGAACCUUCCACAUGGCGUUCAUCGUCCGCCACCCCGCGCUGAUGUUCCCGUCGUUUUACCGCGCGAUGUGCAAGAUGGUCAAGCUCGGGGUCAUCACGCAAGAGGACAUCGGCGGCGUGAUGGUCGCCAACAUGACACUGCGGUUCUCGCGCCUGCUCUACGACUGGUGCUUGGAGCAGGAUGACCCCGACGCCCGACCUGUCAUUCUGGAUGCCUACGAGGUGAUCCACAAGCCCGAGGCGGUGGUCCGGUUCUGCGAAAUGACCGGUCUGGAUGCCAACGCCAUCAAGUUUGAGUGGGAGAACAAGCCCGGCAGCAAGGACGUAGGGGCUCAGAACGUCCAAAUGGAUGGGAACACGGAACAGAGGACUCUGUGGAGUCCCGAGGCCGCAAGUGUUAUGGUAUCCACCUUGACGGGAUCAUCCGGCGUGGUCAAGUCCAAGGCGCCCGACGUGGUGGAUAUUGCCGUGGAGGCCGCCAAGUGGAAAGAGGAAUUUGGUCAAGAGACCGCCGACAUGCUGGAGAAGAGGGUUCGAAACGCCAUGCCCGAUUAUGAAUAUCUCAAGGCCCGGAGCGUGACGGCAUCGGCGUAAGGUAGCUGUCCAUGUGUUCACCUUGCAUAAUUGGUCCAGGGUGCAUUACUGUAUGAUCUGAUGUGAAAUGUGAAAAUAAAAGGGCGGAGGACCCUAGGGUAAACUAAGAAUCUGAUAGUCAAAUGCUACGCACGA